AUGUCGGAGCAUGUUCUCUCGACACCCGUGUGGGUGUUUGCCGUGCGCCUCGCGCAGGUGCUCGUCUCCCUCAUCGUUCUCGGGCUCUCGGCCGACAUUGCCCACGACCUGUACCUCGACGAGCUCGGCCUCGCCAUCGCCGUGUCCGUCCUCACCUGGAUCGUCGUCACGUAUGCCCUCACCACCGAAAAGGUAACGGCCUGGAACGUCGGCUACCACAUCCUGGCCGUCGUCGUGCUUGACGGCUUCAUGCUCAUCAUGUGGCUCGCCGCCUGGGCCGCCGUGGCCGCCCGCCGCGCCACCUUUCGCAUCCCGGCCGUCGUGAGCGAGUGCUACGACAACGGCGACAUUGUCAACAGCAAGAGCUGCCUGCGCAAGAGGGCGCUCUUCAAGCGCGACUACCUCUUCAAGAAGGGCCAGGCCGAGAUGUCGGCCGCCGCGGGCCUCGGUGCCCUGGUCUGGCUGCUCUUCAUCGCCACCUUUGCCUGGACCUUGGUGCAGUUCCUCCGCGGUCGCAAGGACGGGCGCUUCCCCAUCGGCGCGCCCGCGAGCGGCAGCAGCGCCGAGCCCAAGGUCGAGCAGCAGCCCAUGGUCGCCCAGCAGCCGGUCCAGACGCAGGCCACGGGGCCGCCGCCGCAGCAGCAGCACCCGCCGUACGAGCAGUACCCCCCGGCGCAGAGCCCGUAUCAGCAGCAGCCGCCGUACGCGCCGCCGCAGACGCAGUCCCGUCCACCAGAGCAGCAUUACGCGCAGCAGUACCCGCAGCCGUACCCGCAACAACAGCAGCCCCAGCCGUAUCCUCAGCAGCAGCCUCAGCCGUACCAGCAGCCGGAGCUGCACGGGCAAAACUAUGUGCCCCCGGCGGCGUCUCCUCCGCCUCAGCAGUAUCACCAGCAAUAG